CGCGAGAACUUUGACCUCACGUGGAUUAUGGCUGGAGAUCGCGGAUAUUAGAAGCAGAGAAAUCUACAAACUGAGAGCAAAGAGGAGGCGAAGCUGUGGCUCUUCAGCAGCUCUGACACUACUCACACAGCAGCGAUGGCGCAUGUCUUCAACCACGGGAAGCUGCUCCUGCAGCGCCUGCACCAGCAGCGGGAGAUGGACUUUCUGUGUGACAUCACCAUAAUGGUGAAGGACGUGGAGUUCAGGGCUCACCGCAACGUCCUUGCUGCGUUCAGCGAGUACUUCUCCGCCCCAGGCUGAAAAGGGCCAGGAGAUCAUGACCUUGGACCCGAGAAGGUCAGCCGGUACUCGCUGGAGAAGCUGCUGGAGUUCAUCUACACGGGACACAUGAACCUCAGCAGCACCAGACAGGCAGCCGUACGACGAGCGGCCGUCUUCCUGGGAAUGAACGAGGCCACGAAAUAUCUGGAGGAAAUGGUCACUCACUGGUCUGAGCUCGGCGAAACAUCACAGUCGGAGCUGGAUAAAGAGGCGGGUCUCUCGCCUCCCAGCCCCACCUCCCCUGGUAGCCCCAGCUCACCAGUUCCCCUGUCCAUCAUCUCUGUUACAGGGGACUGGCAGGGGGAAGGGAAGGACGGCAGAGAGCAGGAUGAUGGGGGCAGAGAUAUGUUUGUGGAAGAUGAUGAAGAGUACACGCCGAGGAGUGCAGGGAGAGGACAGGGCAGGAAGAGGGGCAGGAGGCCUAAAAGUUUUGGCGGCGAGCAGAUGGAGGCGAGCAGCUCAGCUGAUGGGACCCCCAGAAUCUACAGCUAUAGAGGGAGGGGAAGAGGGCGAGGGAGAGGCAGGGGGAGAGGAAGAGGAAGCCUCAGAACUCAAGAACUCUAUCUGGAUGACUCUGACACAAGUGUGAAGGACUUUGGAGACACCUCAGCAGACUGGAGCCCAUCACAGGGGGAGGAAGACGAUGAUGAGUCCGGAAUCAAAAGACCUCGUCUGAGCAGCGGAGAGGGGAGGAGAGGGCGUGGCCGAGGGAGGGGGAGAGGCCGGGGGAGAGGGAGGGGCCGAAGCAGGCAGCAGAUUGAGGAGGAGGAGGAGGAGGAGGAGGAGGUGGGGGAUGAGAGCAUAGGCACAGAGGAGGAGGCAGGGGAGGGGGGGGAAGAGGGCGAGAUCGGGGAGAUGGAUGCACUGGAUCUGGGCGAGAUGUCGCUGUCGUGCACCGAGUGCAACAAACUGUUUAAAGACGUGAGCAGCCUGCGUCGCCACGAGAAAAUCCACAAGGGGCUGAAGCCGUUCGCCUGCAUCUUCUGCUCCAAAACCUUCAGACAGGCCACGCAGCUGAAAACACACCUGCGCAUACACACAGGCGAGAAGCCGUUCAGCUGUUCCGAUUGUGACAAGUGUUUCGCUCAGAAGUGCCAGCUGGUCGCUCACCGCCGAAUGCACCACGGCGAGGAGAAGCCCUACACCUGUGAGCGCUGCGGCUUCAAGUUUGCUACCUCGUCCAAUUACAAAAUACACAUCAGACUGCACAGCGGGGAGAAACCGUACGUCUGUGACAUCUGCGGGCAGGCGUUCGCUCAGUCCAGCACGCUGACGUACCACAAGCGACGGCACACGGGGGAGAAACCGUACCAGUGCGACCUGUGUGGCAUGUCCUUCUCCGUGUCUUCCUCUCUCAUUGCCCACACACGAAAACACACAGGUGAGACUCCGUACAAAUGUUCGCAGCCUAAAUGCGACGCAAAAUUUGUCACAUCUUCUGAACUGAAGAAACACAUGCGCCGACUUCACCCAGAGGGGAACAGCGGCGUGCAAUGCCUGCUGUGUGGAAACAGAUUUGCCAGCGUGAAGAACAUGAUCAAACACCAGGACAAGGCUCAUGCAGACGAAGUGCGGCAACACAAGGAGAGAGCCCGAGCCGUGGUCCUCCUGUCCACCAGCCAUCCCGUGGCCUUUGUCCAGAGCAAACUCUCCCAGGAGAACAAAGGUUUGGGCUCCAUCCCCGAAGGCGAGCCGGCCAACCCUGAACCGGCCACCCCCAACCCCAAAACUACCGACCCUGCCGCCGCUUCUUCUGACGCUGACGCUGCUGCAACCGCCACCACCGUGACCACUGACGGCACCACAGACACCACCACCGUCAUCCAGGACUUCAAGGCGGAGCCCACAAACACCCCUCUCACCACCGCAGAUCAGGUGACCUUCGACGCCGACCAGGAGCAGACCAUCAACUCGGACACCCUCCACGCUCUGGUGGAGCAGCUGCGGCCGCCGCCCUCGCCCGCACAGACCCUGGAGCAGAUUGUCAUCAUCAAGACGGUGGACAACAUGGACAACAUGCCCCCUCAGCAGUGAGGCCCGAGUAACAUGAAUCAGAACUUAGCUUCACUUUUAAACACUCCUCCACCGAUUAGGAUAAAGUCAGUGCUCAGAUUCAGGCUAAAAUCAAUUUUUGUAAAGGGUCAAAUAAAAUAUCCAAUUCUGGCUUUAUUUUCAUAGUUUUGGCUGUCAGCGUUACAAUCAGGAAAUACGAGCAGCAACAUUUAACAUUUAAUGUGACGCCACUCUGUUCAGUUUAACACAUUCAUCAAAAUCAUUAAUUGUCCAAAUAACUGCCAGUUAUCUUUAAUGACUGACCAAUGAAACAGGUUUGACUAAUGCAAACAAAUUUAUAAUUUUUGAUUAUUCACUAAAUCUCUGCAGCUGUAGUCUGUCAGUGUUUGUACUGAUGUAGCUUCAGUGUCAGCAGAAAAGCAUCAAAUGAAACCCUGAAAGGCAGAGAAAAUAAACCGUUGACUGAAGCUGUGUUGCUUCAUGAGGUAGUUUAAUGGUCAAAACUAUAAAAAUAAAUCCUGACUAGAAUCAGCCUUUUAAAAACGCCCAUAUUUUUAUUAGAAGUGAAAUGAAACUAAACUGAAACCAAAAUCCAGCAGGAUCAUUUACAAAGAGCACGUCAGCAAACGAGCUGCCGUUCAGCCACGUCAGAGGCCGAUAUUUAUCUGUGAGCAGCUGGAAAAAUGUGGUGAAGAUCUGAAAGAGCCUCAAACAGAAGUUAUUUUUCUAAUGAAGAAAUGACAAUGAAAAGUAAACAAACUGAGAAAAUAUCAGAAUCAAACUGUAACCUGCAGAAUCCCAUUAAUGUUUCUAUUUUAGCAUCUGUUCAUAAUCAGCCUCGAUGAUUUCAGACCUUUUUUGACUAACCUGUUAACUGUUCACCGGAGUGACAGCUGAUCUACGUUCUUGUCACUCUCAAAAUCCAGAUGUUACAGUAAUCUCCCAGCAACAACCAGUUAUACACACAAAGAUAAUCAUUUUGAUCGAUGUCUCUUCAAUCAGCAGAAUCAGGAGGAGGGAAAAAGCCAAAUCGGCAGAUCUCUAAACUUCACGGUUGUUCAGAUGUUUGAGGAUCUGAUCCAAGUUCCUCGUUUCACUUCCCAGCUUAAUGCUGAAGGAUGUGAAAUGGAAACUGAUUCUACAUUUUCUUCCAGGGUAGAAAGCGAAGCUUCGAUUGGCUUCAGGACGCUUAAAGGUGCUUUUUGUAAACAGCCUGUUUGAAGAUGGUUUAUAGGUCCAGAGACGUGCGUGUUGGGUUCACUGGUGGUUCUGAAUUGGCCGCAUGUGUGAAUGGUUAUCUGUUCAGGGUGUACCCUGCCUCUCACUUUAUGGAUGUGCAGAUGAAGACGGAUGGUUUAAAACGUUCUACAGUUAACUGUAGCAUUCAGGGCCGUUGUUGCAAACAGCUGAGUGUGAAAGCGAAGCUGUCAAUGUGCUGGUCCAUCUAGCUUUCUGCCCUCACCUAUGACCACAAACUGUGGGUAGUGGCCGGAAAGAUGAGAUCAGAGAGAGGGUGAGGAGCUCAGUGUAGAAACAUUGAAAGGAGCCAGCUGAGGGCAUUUAGACUUCCAUAUUGAGAUGUUUCAGGUACGCCCAGGGCAGACUCAGGACACCCUGAAGAGAUUAUGUGUCUUGUCCGGCUUGGGAAUGUGUUGGUGUCCCCUGAAAGAGGAAGGUCUGCUUAGACUGCUGACCUGGAGAUGUGAAGUCAGCAUCACUGUGUGGGAGGGAUAUCAACUAAAGUGAAAGUAAGGCUGAGCUGUACUCUCCUGUAAUACCGCUUUGGACCACAGGAUGGUGCAGUGAGUCAGUGUAGUGUCCAGACUGCCUAACGUGAGACAUUUAAACAUUAUUCAAUAUCAUGUUUGCUCAACAUUUUCACCAAAUUAAUGUCACGCUUACCUGACUUGUUUUGGUCGCUAAAACACUGUAGUGUUUUUAUAAAGCAAACAGAAACAUUAGAUCAGCUCAAAGUCUGUUAAGAUACUAACACGAAAUAAUUUUAAACUCACAAAGAAGAAUGUGGUGCUUUUUGGGGCGGACAACUGCGCUAAAUGCCUCCUCCUGGUGGUGAAUGCGUGCAUUACAUUUUGCAGAGGGUUUUUACAAAAAGUACCUUUAAUUCUUCUAACCUCACGCUAACAUUUCCUCCGACACGAUUGGUGUGGCUGCAGUUUUGUUUCUGUUACAGCUUCCUUUUUAUUUGAUGGAGAAACACGUGUAACGACUGAGACAGUACAACUCUGUUUUAAUAGUUAACGUAGUGAGUAGGAGCUUCAUAAGAUGUAACAUUUUUAUUUAUCAAGCAAUAAAUGUUCCACCCUGCAGUGACGUGAUAGUGGUGGCUUUAUUGAUGUAAUCAAAGCCUUGUUGAUGUA